ACUGUUUUGUCUCUUCUUUCUGGUGCAGCAUGUGGAGAACUGGAGUUACAGCACAAUCGCAUGCCAGGUGUCUUUCAAUGGUAUGCAGUACCCUUCUGCAAGCAACAAUUUAACUUUACCAGUAUCAAUAAAAUGGUUCGUGAUGCAGAAAUACAAUUUUCUCAUAUGUCUUGUAAGCACUUGCUCCAAUGGUGCGACACUAAGGGUGAACCCAAUAUUACGUUGCCAGGUUUUAACCAAACUGCAUCCAAUCCUGCUGCCGCUUCUCGAUCCAAGUUAAGAGCUAUUAACUCUGGUUUAAGUGCUGGUCGCUCUAAGUUAAGAGCUGACUUGGAUGGUUUGAGUGCUGAUGCUGCUGCUUUCCAACUGCCUGGUCUGUCUGGUGGAGGUGGAGCUGGAGGUAUGAGUUUGCCUGGUGGUAUGAGUUUUCCUGGUGGAGGUGGAGCUGGAGCUGCUGCUGGUCUGGGUGGUGCUCUGGGAACAGGUGAUAUCGGUGCUCUCGCCGCGGGUGGACAAAUGCCCGGGAGUUUUGGUGACUUGAGUUCACUUGGAGAUAUAAGUAAAUUGCCACCAGAUAUGCAAAAAACUUUGGCUUCGGGAGGUUUGCCAGAUCUCAAAGAUAUGAAAGGUCUUGGCGGUCAAAUCCCAGACAUUGGAGAAUUUUUGAAGGUGGUAGGUCAGUCUGGCGGUGACAUUCGUCCUCUGAUGUGCGGCAUGAACAUUUCCAAAGAGGAACAAUGUACGGACUUUGGUUCUAUGGCAACUGUGCUGUUAACAACAAAAGUCAAGGCGUUUACGCGCGCGUGCCCGACACCAGGAUCUUCUUGUACACUCUCAGAAUGUGCUUUGAAGUGUAAAAAUCCAAUGAUUCAAAACACCGCAGCAGGAAUUAUCAUGGGAGCAGGCAUUGCUCGAAAUGCCAGUAUUGCGUUAUCAUAUGCUAAACCUCUUCUUGAAUGCAAUUUUGUAAUUGAUAAACUUUCUACUGCUAUGAAACAGUGCAAUGAUUUAAAGGCGGGUUCACUUAUGCUGGGUGUGGGCUUUUUUAUUGGUGGUGUAAUGUUUGGACUUGCCAUCUACAUAACUUUUCGAGGAGCAUGCAUUUGGGGUCGUUUGCCAACAAGACGCCGGAAGGACAGAGACCCAUAUGUGAGGGAGAGAGACCCAUAUAUGAGGGGCAGAGACGAAUAUAAAAGGUACAACUAG